UCUAUUAGAAUAAUCUAGAAAGUGUCUAGUAGAUUCUAGAGAUUUAUAUUGAAAUCUUGCCCCUUGAAUUUUUGUUAAAAUGUCUUUACAGUGGACAUUUAUUGCCGGUUAUCUAUACUUUGAAAUUGCUGUUGUCAUCAUUAUGAUAUUACCGAUAUUUAGCCCGCGGCGAUGGCAUCAGUUUUUCAGGUCACGUCUCUUCGCAAUGUUUCAACAGCAUGCCGCAUUGUACUUCUAUGCAUUUCUAGGCGUUUUGACUUUAUUCUUAAUGGACGCUAUCAGAGAAAUGAGAAAAUAUUCAAACAGUUCAGAACCAUUACCAUCCCACUUAUCAACAGAAAUGAAGGGUCAUGUCAAGCUGUUCCGUGCUCAAAGAAACUUUUACAUCACAAGUUUUGCUAUAUUUCUAGCAUUUGUGAUCAAACGUCUUGUAACAAUGUUGAUCAUACAAUAUGAGCUUGAAGUUAAGGCAGAAAAAAUAAUAAAACAAGCCGAAGAUACUGUGAACCAAGCUAAAAAAGCUAUGCUUGAUAAUGAUACGCAAAUAACAGAAUCUCAAAAUUAUAAAGAAUUGAAAAAUGUACUGGAAGUUACCGAGAAUUUGUUGGAAGAAGAGAAAUUGAAAACAAAAGAAUUGGAAGAAGAGGCAACAAAAUGGAGAAUAAAAUAUGAGAAGCUAGAAAGUGUGACAAGUGGGAAAGGUGAUGAGUAAAGUCUAUUAUAAGAUUUCAUUACAUUAUGGUAUGAUAUAUUCCAAAAGAUUCUGCAUAAUAUGUAAUGGAAUAAGUAUAUUGCUUUAAUGAAACAUGCUUGCUUAAAGGAACAAUGUU